AUGUUUGGCAUCCACGAGAGCAUCCAGAGGAGUGGGAGUAGUAUGAAAGAAGAGCCCAUGGUGGCCGGGAUGAACGCAGUUCGGACAUGGAUGCAGGGCGCCGGUGUGCUGGACGCCAACACAGCCGCCCAGAGCGGAGUGGGUCUUGCUCGGGCACACUUCGAGAAGCAGCCGCCCUCCAACCUCCGAAAGUCCAACUUCUUCCACUUCGUCCUGGCUUUAUACGACAGACAGGGUCAGCCGGUGGAAAUAGAGAGAACCACCUUCGUUGACUUUGUAGAGAAGGAAAAGGAAACGACGGGGGAAAAGACCAACAAUGGGAUCCAUUAUAGACUUCAGCUGCUCUACAGUAACGGGAUCAGGACAGAGCAGGACUUAUAUGUUCGUCUCAUUGACUCUAUGACUAAACAGGCAAUUGUCUAUGAGGGCCAGGAUAAAAAUCCAGAGAUGUGUCGGGUUCUGUUGACCCAUGAGAUCAUGUGCAGUCGAUGCUGCGAUAAGAAGAGUUGCGGCAACAGGAACGAGACCCCAUCAGACCCUGUCAUCAUCGACAGGUUCUUCCUCAAGUUCUUCCUGAAGUGUAACCAGAACUGCCUGAAGAACGCAGGGAACCCUCGAGACAUGAGGCGUUUUCAGGUGGUUGUGUCGACUACGGUGAGCGUGGAGGGUCACGUCCUGGCCGUGUCCGACAACAUGUUCGUGCACAACAACUCCAAACACGGGCGCCGAGCUCGAAGGCUGGACCCCUCGGAAGGAACUCCGUCCUACCUGGAACAUGCAACCCCCAGCAUCAAAGCCAUCAGCCCCAGUGAAGGCUGGACCACAGGGGGCGCUACAGUCAUCAUCAUCGGGGACAACUUCUUUGACGGCCUGCAGGUCAUCUUCGGAACCAUGCUGGUCUGGAGUGAGCUGAUCACCCCCCAUGCCAUUCGUGUGCAGACUCCACCCAGACACAUCCCCGGGGUGGUGGAGGUCACGCUGUCCUACAAAUCCAAACAGUUCUGCAAAGGCACACCUGGACGCUUCAUCUACACAGCGCUCAACGAGCCAACUAUAGACUACGGCUUCCAGAGGUUACAGAAGGUCAUCCCCAGACACCCCGGAGACCAAGAGAGAUUACCCAAGGAGGUGAUCUUAAAGAGAGCAGCAGACCUGGUAGAGGCCUUGUACGGGAUGCCUCACAAUAACCAGGAGAUGAUUCUGAAACGAGCAGCGGAUAUCGCAGAGGCCCUGUACACAACAGUGCCACGAGGGCACAACCAGCUAGCCAGUCUUGGCAGCGGCUCCGUCCAUGCUGGCAUGAUGGCCGUAAACUCCUUCACCGGGUCAGAGGUGGCACAAACAGCCAAUCAGGGUUUCAGUAGGAGUACAAGCAGUGUGUCCCCUCAUGGUUAUGUCCCCAGCUCCACUCCCCAGCAGAGUAGCUACAGCUCUGUCUCCACUAGCAUGAAUGGCUACGCUAACUCUGGCAUGGCAACCUUGGGCACCUCGCCCAACUUCCUCAAUGGAUCUGCAGGCAACUCGCCCUAUGCUAUCGUCCCAUCAAGCCCCACCAUGGCCUCGUCGACCAGCCUCCCCUCCAACUGCAGCAGCUCCUCCGGCAUCUUCUCCUUCUCUCCAGCCAACAUGGUGUCUGCCGCCGUCAAGCAGAAGAGCGCCUUUGCCCCUGUCGUUCGACCCCAGAACUCACCCCCGCCCACGUGCACUAGCACUAAUGCUAACAGCCUGCAAGAUCAGUCUUUUGUGGACUCUAGCAAGUACUCAUCGGCCAGCUCUCUGCAGGGCCUGGCCUUCUCCUGAACGAUUCCCGGGAUGAUCGUUCCACCCAUGUAGAGGAUCUGGGAUAGCUGGAGAUUUGGGAAUGUUGAGAGGAAAAGACACAGUAGCAGAGUCUGGCGAGUCUCUGUUAUGCUCCGGAGCUGAACUGAAGGAAGUCAAGAUAAGACGCAGGACUCUGUUAAACUCAGGCCUUUCCAUUGGGAUUUCAUCUGAAGGGAUAGGGGAGGAGAAAAAAAAAGGGACAAUACGAACCUUUGUGAUGUUAUUUCCCUCUUGGUUGAAUUAGUGUAGCUUCUCUGACACCGCGUUGGAUGGAGUGUAUAGAGACUGAUAGUCUGCCCACAGUGUGACACUGACCUCAUGAAAAGAGCAUUUAUUUAUCUUUAUGUUUAUGCCUGUAGGGUUUGGGUUUGAUUACUGGAGGCCCCACGUCGUCUUGCAAUCCAUAACUCGCGCAGACAACAGUGAAGUGUUGGUUUGGCCAUGAAGUUUACGUAACCUCUGUCACAAUAGAAGAUGCUUUCCUUAGCUCAGCCGGCUUACUAAAACCACAUAACGACACACUGGCCAAAUGGAACCAAGGUCAACAACACAAAACAGCAAAGAAAUACAGAAUAGAACAAAAUCAACCCCUUAGUUUUGCUGCUAACUAUCCCAUACAACUAAAAAUGGUGUGUCAAAAUCGCCCUAUGCUAUUUUCAACAUCAGAAACCAUGCCUUUCUUUUUUUGUUUUUUUUUCGUUUGGUUUGUUUGUUUGAAUAUUAAUAAAACUGUGAGGAUUGAGCUGUUUGCAAUAUGCUUUUCUGCUUGUCAUGUGAAGAAAAGGUGAUGAUUUAGCCAAAAUUGACAUUUUGUCGGAGAUUUUAGUGAAGACUUGAAAAGCCAGAGGAUGUGUGCGUCCAGCCAGCACUGUACUGAAGGAGUCUAGCAAAUAUCAGAUUAGAAUAAAUGCGUGAUAUAUGUGAUAUAUUUUUGUAUAUAAAAAAAUGUUGAAUUUUUCAUUUGACAUUUUCUUUUCUUUUUGCAAUAGCUAUAGUUUGAAAUGUAAACAUUAAAUGUCUUAAGGCAGCUUCUCAGUACAGAAGAUAGAUUUACUGUGUGUUGUCAAUAUCUCAUCUGCUAAACAUGAGAAACAUGGAUUUGGAUACAAAAAGGGGAUUCCUGUAAAAUAUCCUAUAAAUAAUGUAUUUAUCCCUUGUAUUUGUACAUUGCCUCUCACCCCUGUUUAGUUGUGUUGUGUAAGUUUAAUACAGUAAGUGAACAUAUUUCACAGUGUUUUGUUUCAUUAUCUACUGUUGUCUCUCACUAUUUAAAUGUGACUUUUUUAUCUUUUUUUUUGUUUGUUUUGUAUGUUGAUUGUUUUGCAUUGGUAUACCAUGCUUUCAUUUGUUGAUUCAA